UUUCGGAGCUGAGUAUUUAUGAAACAAUUAUUUCAAGCAGAAGCUUUGUCAUUUCAAUUAUUUCAAAAAUAGUUUGAUGGAAUCAAACCCGGAAGGGAUAAACUCCAUGGAUGAGGAGGGUGAAGGGCUGAUGAGAAGCAACAAUGUAGAAGUGGAUCCAGACAUACUAGUCACCCAAGUGAUGCAGAGUAAGAUGUCCGGAUGUCCGAAAUUACUCCCCAAAUGGGCCAGCGGCAGCCGCAUUUUCCGGGCACCCUCGGAAUUGUUGGGCACCGAUUCGGAAGCGGACGCGCGUCCGUAUCAGCCUCGCACAUUCUCAAUCGGUCCAUACCAUCACGGGAAGCCGCAUCUGAAGGAGAUGCAGGAGCACAAGUUGAGGUUCUUGGAGAGAGUCGUAAAGAGGACGGAGGAAAAAGGUGUGGGAUUAGAGGAGUACGUUAAAGCCGUUAGAAGGUUAGAAGAAGAGGCCAGAGAUAUGUAUUCGGAGGUUAUCAAUCUCAGCAGCGAUGAGUUUGUAGAGAUGUUGGUUCUUGAUGGCUGCUUUGUGCUUGUAAUCCUCCAGCCAAGAAGCUGGGAUUUGGUUCUCAAUGAGGACCUUCCAUUGUGUUCAAUAGCGCAUUUCAUAUACGAUAAUUGCUAUCAAGACCUUUUCUGCCUCGAGAACCAAAUGCCAUACACGGUGCUCCACACAUUGUUCACACUUACUGAAACAGACAGUGAUGCAGACAUCGAUACCAAGCCCCGCCUGGCUCGCCUCGAUUCUUUGGCCAACAUCGCCCUCGAGUUCUUCGAGUUUGACCCGGAGAAGCUCGAGGACUUGUUCGGGCCGGAUUUCAAAAUCCUACAUCUACUCCAUUUAUUCCGGAAAGGUUAUUCUCUUCAUCCGGCCAACUUGCACUUGGUGUUAGCACCCACAAGGACAUCGUCAUGUUUGUGGAGGACCCCCAGCACUGUGAAGGAUUGUGGGACUAUUGAAGAGGGCCUAAUGAAGAAGAACGGCAUCCAAAGCAUCUCGAAGAUGCCCCUGCUAUGGUUUAACGACACGAUGUGCGACUUCUUGCUGAACUGCGUGGCGUUCGAGAUAUGCUACCCAGAUGCAGGCCGUUACAUGUCAGACUACGCACAGUUUCUGCACUGCCUCAUACACACCCAAGAGGACGUGGACAUUCUGUGCGAGGCCAAGGUUUUGCGAAUUAAUUAUGGGAAGGCAGGUGAGGUCGCCGCCUUUGUGGGCAAGCUCGGCAUGGCUUUGCAGUCCAAGAAGCGAGGGUUUUUCGGCAGCUACUUGGGGGAAGUGUAUGCUGGUGUGAACAACUACUACCACAACGAUUUGCACAUUUAUUUGGCCGAGGUCAACCACAAAUACUUCAGCUCCCCUUGGACUCUCAUCUCCCUCCUCGCUGCCAUUUUUCUCCUCCUUCUCACUGUCCUCCAGACCAUUGUAGCCAUUUUGGAUUUAGAAAAGAAAAACUAGACAAAUAACUUCCCAGUCCAACCAAAUUUUAUUUCGACCAUCCUUUUCUUAGACUACCCAUAAAUUCCAAUAUGUACGCUUUCAAUGAAUAACAAAGCACCCCAUCCCCAUCACUCGUGUUUUUCUCUAAAAAAACACUUGUAUAUGACACUUGUAUAUCCGUCACUGGUCAUAUUAUUACAUCAACACAUAAUAGCUACACUUAAACGUACUCAAAGUAUUAUUUAAUUUUAGCUUUUAAAAAAUUUCUAAACCCAAAAAUUUCAUUCAUAGGAGUACAUCUUCCUCCUACACUCCCCCUUCUCUCAUUCAUACGAUCGCCUGAAGGCAGUGCGGCAGAAAUGCCGCCGGCGAUGGAAUCGGGCCGACGAGGACGCAUGUCAAGAUGUCUUUUGCUACGAUGGUAAGGGAUCCCAUCCCCAGCCAUCGAUUACACUCGCAGACUUGUUCCUUUUCCGACGCAGUUGAGCUUGGCUUGUCUGGUGCUUCAGAGGCUUUCCGUCUGUCUCCUUCUCCAACGACGACUUACAGGUUCUCUCCCAUACCUUCCGAUUCGCUCUCGUUGGUACUUUCCCGUUCAGUCACCCCCCAUACCUGCGAAUGCGAUUCGUAAUGCUUUUGAACAGUUACGGUUCUCACAUCCCUAUUCAGUCGGAUUGCUUCACUCUAACGUUAUUCUCAUUAAUUUCAAGUUCGAUUUUGAUUUUAAAAAAUUCUGGGAAAGAAAAUGUUGGGAUUCCUUUGGGUACCACAUGGUGGUGACCCGAUGGAUGUCCGACUUCUCUGUUGAACGGGACUCACCCUUAGCCCUAGUUUGGAUUUCCCUCGACGGUUUAUUCCAGAAAAUUUUGUAUGAAAACCUUGUCGGGUGUGUUUUGAAGAACAAAGAAAUAUAAUUAAUAUAAUUAAUUAAUUAAUUAAAAUGACUAAAGAAAAAACAGAAAGUAGAUGGAGCAGAAUUAGCCAAAGUUCGUGCAACGCACGAUGUCCUUAAAACGUAUUUGUUGCCUCCCGGGGUGCUAGGAGCAUUGCAACAAUCGUUUCCCAGGAUACGAUGACUACGAACAAUAGUUUGAGCACUCAAACAAAUUGUUCCGGCGAACGAGAACAAGUAUGAACACCAAGGAAUUUUUCAAGAAAGCUAGAGGUAUUUUUGAGAGCUAAAGAGUGCGAGGUGAUCGUUUGUGUGUGUUGUUGCAAACCACCUGCUAGCCG